GGGUCAUCUGGCGCUGGAUCGUCUGGCUCGACAGCGGGCAUCGGGUCACCAGGCAUGACAGCGGGCACUGGGUCAUCAGGCAUUGGAUCCUCUGGCUCGACAGCGGGCAUCGGGUCACCAGGCAUGGCAGCGGGCACUGGGUCAUCAGGCAUUGGAUCGUCUGGCUCGACAGCGGGCACUGGGUCAUCAGGCGUGAUAGGAUCAUCAGGCUGGGUACAGACAUCAGGCUGGGUACAGACAUCAGGCUGAAGUGCGGGUGCCGAGGCACCAGGCUGAACCACGGAAGGCAGGUUCUCAGACGGCAGGCUCACCGGUUUGGAUACUGGCAGGAUGGUACUGGUUGGAAAGAAUUUUCGCUUUUUUCUGGUUCUAACUACUGGAGCACUGCAAGUAAACGCAGGUCUGCAAACGAAUGGAGCAGCUGA